AUGGUUGAAGUUGGUGAUACGAGUAACAAACGUCCAAUUGCUGAUGUCAAUAUGGCAAGAGUAGACAUUAUUAAUCUAAUUAACACAUUCAUAACCAAACUCACCGAUUACUGUGCCAAAUUUAACGCUGAACUUACCUCACGCGAUGAAAACUUUACAGCGGAGGUCCAAAGAAUCUUGAUAAUGCUAAAUACUUCUACUGCGAGACUUGAUGAGAUCGAACAAGUUCUUCAAACCUACCAUAAUAAUUUUGGUAGAGUAGCAACCGAAUUCGAAUCAAUCAAUAAAUCUAUCACAAUUCUUCAAACCGAAGUUAAUCAACGACACUGCCUCGUGCAGAGUACUAAUAGGAGAGGAUCAGACCAGCAAAGCGAGGUUUCAUCAUCUUCUACUGGUUUAUCAGACCAGCAAAGCGAGGUUUCGUCAUCUUCUACUCGUUCAUCAGAGGCUUCGUCAUCUUCUGCUCGUUCAUCAAAUUCCUCAAACUCAAGCCAAAAACUCGCGAAUAUCAUUUCUGUAAUCCGGGAACAGUUUAAGGCUAUCUUUGAUAGAGUUAAGGGUGCGAAUGAUCAUACUUUGGAUCAGAUGUGUAAUGUUGUAUCGGCUGAUAUUCUUAGGCUUGGGAUGGGAGCAAUUGGAAAAGAUACAAUAAAGAGUUUUUACAAUGGGAAUAGUAUAAGAAGCGAAAACUUAGAAAAGAUAGGUGCUUGGAUAGAUAACAGUCAUUUACACCACUACUGA